GGAGAGGCCAGCUCUGCCCCGCUGAUCCACAAGGCCCAACUUUAUGGGGGGCUAGCUAGACCGCAUCUCACUUCCUGCUGCUCGGCCAACAGGGGGGUUUUGAAGGUCAUGAUCACGUGGAUUCAUCUAACUAGAUGGUACCUGGGGACGUGGUGGUCCUUUAGAGAGCACGUCUGAAUUACUGGCGAAUCCUUGACUUGCCGCUCAACCUAGGACAUCGUUUGAUCCUACCUUUCAGGAACUCUCCUAGGUUCUCCCCACCAUGCUGUCAUCAGCGUGAACUCCUGUCCUAAAAUGGUCCCUCUGUUGAUCUUGUCAGUGCUGCUUUUGAAAGAAGAUGUCCGUGGGAGUGCGCAGUCUAGCGAGAGGAGGGUGGUGGCUCACAUGCCGGGUGACAUCAUUAUUGGAGCUCUGUUUUCUGUCCACCACCAGCCCACGGUGGACAAAGUCCACGAGAGGAAGUGUGGGGCGGUCCGCGAACAGUAUGGCAUUCAGAGAGUGGAGGCCAUGCUGCACACCCUGGAAAGGAUCAACGCGGACCCCACGCUCCUGCCCAACAUCACCCUGGGCUGUGAGAUCCGGGAUUCCUGCUGGCACUCGGCCGUGGCCCUGGAGCAGAGCAUCGAGUUCAUCCGGGACUCGCUCAUCUCCUCGGAGGAGGAGGAGGGCCUGGGGCGCUGCGCAGAUGGCGCCGCCCGCUCCAAGAAGCCCAUCGUCGGCGUCAUCGGGCCCGGCUCCAGCUCCGUGGCCAUCCAGGUCCAGAACUUGCUCCAGCUUUUCAACAUACCUCAGAUCGCUUACUCGGCAACAAGCAUGGACCUGAGUGACAAAACCCUGUUCAAGUACUUCAUGAGGGUCGUGCCUUCGGAUGCGCAGCAGGCCCGGGCCAUGGUGGACAUAGUGAAGAGAUACAACUGGACCUACGUGUCGGCCGUGCACACGGAAGGCAACUACGGAGAAAGUGGGAUGGAAGCUUUCAAAGAUAUGUCGGCCAAGGAAGGAAUUUGCAUUGCUCACUCUUACAAAAUCUACAGCAACGCAGGAGAGCAGAGCUUCGAUAAGCUGCUGAAGAAGCUCAGGAGUCACCUGCCCAAGGCCAGGGUGGUAGCCUGCUUCUGUGAGGGCAUGACUGUGCGAGGACUGUUGAUGGCCAUGAGGCGUCUGGGUCUGGCUGGAGAAUUUCUGCUUCUGGGAAGUGACGGCUGGGCUGACAGGUAUGACGUGACGGAUGGCUAUCAGCGAGAAGCGGUUGGUGGGAUCACAAUCAAGCUCCAGUCUCCCGACGUCAAGUGGUUCGAUGAUUACUAUCUGCAGCUCCGGCCAGAAACAAACCUCCGAAACCCUUGGUUUCAAGAGUUUUGGCAGCAUCGUUUCCAGUGCCGGCUGGAAGGGUUUGCGCAGGAGAACAGCAAAUACAACAAGACCUGCAACAGUUCUCUGACUCUGAGAACACAUCACGUUCAAGAUUCCAAAAUGGGAUUUGUGAUCAAUGCAAUCUACUCCAUGGCCUAUGGGCUUCACAACAUGCAGAUGUCCCUCUGCCCAGGCUAUGCGGGCCUCUGCGAUGCAAUGAAACCUAUUGAUGGACAGAAACUUUUGGACUCCCUGAUGAAAACCAACUUUACUGGGGUUUCUGGAGAUAUGAUCCUAUUCGAUGAGAAUGGAGACUCUCCAGGAAGGUAUGAAAUAAUGAAUUUCAAGGAAAUGGGAAAAGAUUAUUUUGAUUAUAUCAACGUUGGAAGCUGGGAUAAUGGAGAAUUAAAAAUGGAUGACGACGAAGUAUGGUCCAAGAAAAGCACCAUCAUCAGAUCCGUGUGCAGCGAGCCGUGCGAGAAAGGCCAGAUAAAGGUGAUCCGGAAGGGAGAGGUGAGCUGCUGUUGGACCUGUACGCCGUGCAAGGAGAAUGAGUAUGUCUCGGACGAGUACACCUGCAGGGCGUGCCAGCUGGGCUCCUGGCCCACGGACGACCUCACCGGUUGUGACUUGAUCCCAGUCCAGUACCUUCGCUGGGGUGACCCCGAGCCCAUUGCAGCUGUGGUGUUUGCCUGCCUUGGCCUGCUGGCCACCCUGUUCGUCACCGCAGUCUUCAUCAUCUACCGUGACACCCCGGUAGUCAAGUCCUCCAGCAGGGAACUCUGCUACAUUAUCCUUGCUGGCAUCUGCCUGGGCUACUUAUGUACCUUCUGCCUCAUUGCAAAGCCCAAACAGAUUUAUUGCUACCUUCAGAGAAUCGGCAUUGGUCUCUCCCCAGCCAUGAGCUACUCAGCCCUCGUCACCAAGACCAACCGUAUUGCAAGGAUCCUGGCUGGCAGCAAGAAGAAGAUCUGUACCAAAAAGCCCCGAUUCAUGAGUGCCUGUGCCCAGCUGGUGAUUGCUUUCAUUCUCAUAUGCAUUCAGCUGGGCAUCAUCGUCGCCCUCUUUAUAAUGGAGCCUCCUGACAUCAUGCACGACUACCCGAGCAUCCGGGAGGUCUACCUGAUUUGCAACACCACCAACCUGGGAGUUGUCACUCCUCUCGGAUACAACGGGCUGCUGAUCUUGAGCUGUACCUUCUAUGCUUUCAAGACCCGGAACGUCCCGGCUAACUUCAACGAGGCCAAGUACAUCGCCUUCACCAUGUACACCACCUGCAUUAUAUGGCUGGCCUUCGUGCCGAUCUACUUUGGCAGCAACUACAAAAUCAUCACCAUGUGUUUCUCGGUCAGCCUCAGUGCCACCGUGGCGCUAGGCUGCAUGUUUGUGCCCAAGGUGUACAUCAUCCUGGCCAAACCGGAGAGGAACGUGCGCAGCGCCUUCACCACGUCUACGGUGGUGCGUAUGCACGUGGGGGAUGGCAAGUCAUCCUCGGCAGCCAGCAGGUCCAGCAGCCUCGUCAACCUGUGGAAGAGGAGAGGCUCCUCUGGGGAAACCCUCAGGUACAAAGACAGGAGACUGGCCCAGCACAAGUCGGAAAUAGAGUGUUUCACCCCCAAAGGGAGUAUGGGGAAUGGUGGGAGAGCAACAAUGAGCAGCUCCAACGGCAAGUCGGUCACCUGGGCGCAGAACGAGAGGAGCAGCCGCGGGCAGCACCUGUGGCAGCGGCUGUCCAUCCACAUCAACCGGAAGGAGAACCCCAACCAGACGGCGGCCGCGGCGGGCAAGCCGGACCUGGAGGAGCUGGUGGCGCUCACCCCGCCGUCCCCCUUCAGAGACUCGGUGGACUCGGGGAGUACCACCCCCAACUCGCCGGUGUCCGAAUCUGCCCUCUGUAUCCCCUCGUCUCCCAAAUACGACACGCUGAUCAUAAGAGAUUACACCCAGAGCUCCUCGUCCUUGUGAAUGUCGUGGGAAGCCGCGCGGG